AGAGGAGUGUGGAGGUAUGACAGUGAUCGGUAUGUACAGGAGAGGAGUGUGGAGGUAUGACAGUGAUCGGUAUGUACAGGAGAGGAGUGUGGAGGUAUGACAGUGAUCGUGUGUACAGGAGAGGUGUGUGGAGGUAUGACAGUGAUCGGUAUGUACAGGAGAGGAGUGGGGAGGUAUGACAGUGAUCGGUAUGUACAGGAGAGGAGUGUGGAGGUAUGACAGUGAUCGGUAUGUACAGGAGAGGAGUGUGGAGGUGUGACAGUGAUCGGUAUAGUACAGGAGGAGGAGUGUGGAGGUGUGACAG